CGUGCAUUGAAGAGGAACAGAUUGCUGUUUUUGGUUGUUCGUCAUGGAUGAUUUUGUUCGGAUAAAAUUAGCUGAAUGGGGUCUAAGCAUGUGGAUUGAAAGAUUUGAAGAUGAAGGGAUUGACGAGGAAAGUCUUUACUGUCUUUGUGAUCAAGAAAUUGAUAAACUGAUCCCAAAGUUGGGACCAAGGGCAAAAUUCAAGAAAAGAAUGAAGUUGUUAAAGAAAGAACAAAACACAGCAAAUCAGGCAACAAUUGAUUCUUCUGCUCAAUGUAACCAGGCAGAAGAAGAAGCAGCUGAUUCUGCUCAGGUUCGGCAAUCCACCAGUGACACAAGUAAUAAAGGUAAGAGAAAGUUAGAUCCUCAGGGCGAGUCCAGCAAAGGGCAAUCAACACCUAGUAAACGACGAAGUGUGACAAAACAUGGAUCAUUCUCAGAAAAUAUCAUACUGUCUGAAGUGAAAAACAUCAUGAGAUGUGUCAAUGAUAAAAUACCUAACCAUGGCAACACAAAGCUCAACAACUUCCUGAAGGAUAAAAUCAGUGAUUUAGAGAUAGACAAGAGGGAGGUGGUUGGUGUCUUUGGUAAAUCUGGGGCUGGAAAGAGCACUUUGAUAAACGCCAUCAUCGGAGAGGAGAAUCUCUUGCCCUCUGGAAAUGUGAAGGCAUGUACCGCAGUCAUUAUUAAAGUGGAUGCUACCAAGCUGAACUCAAAGUAUGAGGCAGAAAUUGAGUUCAUUACAAAAGAGGAGUGGAAAGAUGAGUUGUGGUCCUUGUAUAAUUUCCUUGGCGAAAAUUCAGAUCGAACAGAGAAAGAUGACGAUUAUAGUGACUUAGUUGAAAAGCUGUCAGCGCUGUAUGGAGAAGAAUGGAAAGACAAAUCCCCUGAAAAACUCUUGGAUCACAAAUAUUUGAGAGAAAUUCCAGAAUUUCUCCGUUCCGAAAAGAAGAUUUUGACAUGUGUAUCGGUGAGUAAGAGAAAAAAUUCUUCUUCAACAAAGAGUGGACUUGAUCUAUCUGUUCUCAAUAACUACAACCCCAUAUUAAAUGCACCCUUCAUAGGAAAAUCACUGAGAACAUUGUCAUUUUUGGGAUGUCUCUGAUCAGAAACCUGCAACAGCCAGUUAGAGCAAACUGACCAGGAAGUGUCACCAAUGUGUAGUGUAUUUGCUUGCACUAUAAAAUGUAUAAACCAUGCUGAUUUCCUCUUAUCAGUCAUGAGUUUAAUGGUUCAUACAUUCUUAUUUUUUCUUUUUCUGUCAAAAACAUACCACACACGAGUACAACUUGCUAAUGACGACCGUCUGCCUCCGUGUUUGUUUAUGCCCGUAUGUUAUGUCCCAUAUGUUUACAGAAGUUUCUGUGAGAUCCCGAAUCCCAGGAAUACCCACUCUGAAAUCACAUAAAUGCCAAGUGGUGGUCCUGCUGCAUCUAGACUGAAUCUUCGUGUGUGAAUUCUUAAGAUAAAAUAGUUAUUUAUGUCAUUAAGUCUGAGAUAUCCCAUGCAUAAAAAAUCGGUUAAGAUUUAAAAAUCCUCUAGUGUGCACCAGGCCUGAGUGUUUCGUAUUGCUAGCAAGGAUGUGGCUAAAGUUACUGUGUUGAUUUGCCUGGGCUUUUCCACCGGAUGGUACUAGCUCAACUCAGCUCGACUCCACUUGCCUUUUUUGGUUUUCCAUUGGGCAAUUCUAGUACUUGGUACCUAGCAGCUGGUAAUUUUUUUGUUGAGGUUCCAAAUAAACCGAGGCAGUACCAAAAGGUGAUGUGAAAACACUACAGACAACUGUUAAGUCCUGCGGUCUGUUUACAGUUGGGCUGUUGCUGCAGCUCAGUUUGUUGUUAGUUUAGAAUUUCUUCUGCGUUCCCUAUGUCGCCUCUUUUCCAAAGAUGGAAAAACGGACAAGUCAUUUUCACAGCAGUUGACAAAAUAACCUCACCCUCAGCCAUUAAGGUGCGUUCCCACCGAAAGUGAAUCCAGCGUUUUGGACGGCUUGAUUACAUACAAAAUCAAUGCAAAGACGCGAAUUCGCAGGAAUUCGCUCCGGGUGGCGCGAAUGAGGCGUUUGUCGCUCAAUUUGAAAAUUUUCUACUUGGACGAGAAAUUCGCUUGACACAAUGUUGCGAAAGCCUAUCAGCGGUGAGAUUGUCCUAACGUCACCGGCGGCUUUGGAGCGUUGUUUGGAGAGGACAAGGUGAAUGGUGUAAUGACAAUCCACUGGCCGACGGGGAGCUGCUAAAGAACGAGGAAGUGGACGGGGAGUAGCGCUGCUUAAUCAGUGACUUCAAUUCAAGUAAUCAUCAUCAUUGUCACUAUGGCAUGGCACACACCCUAUCCAAGAGCGUCAUUUUGUGUUUGUAGGGACAUUUCAGGGUUCAGAUUAGGGGUGUGAUGAAACACUCAGCACAUAAGAUGUAACAUUGCAAGAAAAUUGUGAGGCACUGACCUGGUGUUAGUAAGCAUCAUGAGGAAUGUUCAUCAUUACCUUCUCAAAAGUGCAGGUUGGGCUCGUCACUUGUGCAUUGAUGUUGAUAAUUGCGUGGCGUUUUGGUUGUUUGCCCCGCGGCAGUGGGGUGCUGGGCAGGGGGGGAGCACUGGUCUCUGUUGUGUGCGUGCUGCAGUCAGUCCGGGCGCUGCUCUUCCGCGGGUUCCGCCUUUUGCGUAUCUUUCGGCAUUGGAUGGUCGGUUUUUUGGGCGUCUGUUGGUUGGGUUGGGGUCUUGCGCGUUAAAAAAAAAAUGUUUAGCUUAGAUAAUGGAAAAUGAAACUGAUAUCUCCUGAAUACACAGUGAAAGACCUUCUCACAGUGAGAGAGAUCACAGCCAGAUGGCACUACGUUUCCAUGCGGCUUCUGCCUGAAGUCUGUCCUCUAGUGGUUUAAACAGAAACUUUCACACAGCAGAGGGGGCUGAUGAAUGUACUCAUAAACCUUAUCACUAAAGAAGUAACAUUACUGCUCUGCUCACUUGAAAGACCUCUCUUCCUAUUCUGUCACUGCUGCCACCAGUGGAAGGAUACAGACCUGAAUGUCUUUUCCUUUGGGAACACCAUACACA